GGCCUCAGAAAAUGACGGAAUACAAGCUGGUCGUUGUUGGAGCUGGUGGCGUAGGCAAGAGCGCGUUGACAAUACAGCUUAUUCAGAAUCAUUUUGUAGAUGAAUAUGAUCCUACAAUAGAGGAUUCAUACAGGAAGCAAGUAGUAAUCGAUGGCGAAACCUGUCUCUUGGACAUUUUGGAUACAGCCGGUCAAGAAGAGUACAGUGCAAUGCGGGACCAGUACAUGAGGACGGGAGAGGGCUUUUUAUGUGUAUUUGCUAUAAAUAACACGAAAUCUUUUGAAGAUAUUCACCAUUAUAGGGAACAAAUAAAAAGAGUGAAAGAUUCUGAAGAUGUCCCCAUGGUGCUCGUUGGAAACAAAUGUGACCUCCCUUCGCGGACUGUAGACACAAAACAGGCUCAGGAUUUAGCAAGAAGUUAUGGGAUUCCUUUCAUCGAAACAUCUGCAAAAACCAGACAGAGAGUGGAGGAUGCUUUUUAUACAUUGGUGCGAGAGAUCCGUCAGUACAGAUUGAGAAAAAUCAGCACAGAAGAAAAGACUCCCGGGUGCGUGAAAAUUAAAAAAUGCCUUUUAAUGUAACAGGGUAAGUUUGUUUUUGUUUAAGAAAAAAAGUGUUUGCUGGAAAAUCUGAUCACCCAUACGAAUCAAAUAUAACUUGUACUUCUCUGUGGUGAUUCCACUAAUUUCACAGUGUUUGUAAGUAUGAAUUGAUGUGUUUUAUGGCCAGCAUCCUCCUUUUAAGAACGUACAGGUGUUGCUGUGGUCACUGUAGUGACUAACAUUGACUGGCUUGGGAUAACAUAACCCAUAUUCACAUGUUGAGUAUGGAUCUUAUUGCACCAUGGGUUAUGGCCUUAUCUGAACCCCGAGACCCUCACAAGCCAUAGUUUGUUUAACUAUGAGCAGCUCAUGAGGAGACGCAGUGGUUCUGAACUGUGGGUUGUUCACCAUGGUUUAUCUCCAUUGGAUUGAGACCACAUGAUAACCCAUGGUUCAAGAACAACCCACAUGCAAACUGCACUUCUCUGAGUAUGGAUGAUUGUGUUGUCUGAACUCGGACAUCGCACCUUGUUGGGAGUCCUGUCCUAUUGUUUUCUGCAAGAAAAUUUCAUGAAAAUUUGUUAAGUCAAGACGCCAAGAUUCUGUGGCAGCUGACUGACAUGGCUGCUCUCCAGAACAGCUAAGGAUCUUGCCACAUCUUAAAGACUAGAACAUUCAUGAUGCCAUAACCUUUCCUGGAGUAGAAUCUCCUUCAUUGGAUGCAAUCGACUAGUUCACGAGUGCUUAUCCUGUGCCCAGAGCAUCAGGCCCCGAGGUGCUGCAAGACACCUUGGAGUUUUUCUGCACAAACUCCUGCAGCCAUGCGUGUGGAAUUUUUUGCUUCUAGAGCUGGCACUCCAUAAAAUAUGGGCUACGUGUCCAGAUUUAAACCUCGUUCAGCAAUAUGGUUGGUUGUGCUUCCACUGCAAGCUAGAGAGAAGUCCAUGCCUGCUGCACUUCCCCUGUUCAAACCUUCUUUCCCCUUCCAAAUGCAGCGGCACUCAGUAACCAGCAUCUGUUAAUGCGGAGCAGCAGUGCCAGCCUUGGUGUUUCUGACCGAGUGCUUGGAAAACGAUUUAAAGGCCUUCUCCCAGAGCCGUUUCCCAGAAGGAUGCAAUUCCUUUGAUACUUGGUUCCUUAACAGUUGAGGAUGACUCAGUAGUUCCACGCAUCAGCAGUUUCCAUGCGCUUUGCUUUUGGACACACAAAAUUUCAUUCCGCCGUGGUUCUUUCCCACACAGGCUUUUCCAUUAGAUUUGGCAACCAUCAAGGGAUGAGCAGCAGUGCAAGACUUGGGGCUUAAGCCUGGCCACAGAAUGUUAGGGUUCCAAUCUAGGCUUGGGUUUGGGCAAGACUUCAGGCUGCACCCAACUGAUCCUUCUCUGUUCUCUGCUUAAAGGUAAAGGUUUCCCCUUGACAUUAAAGUCCAGUCAUGCCUGACUCCAGGGGGCGGUGCUCACCUCCGUUUCCUGGCCGAGGGAGCCAGCGCUUGUCCGCAGACAGUCUCCGUGGCCAUGUGGCCGGCAUGACUGGACACCGAAGUGCACGGAACGCUUAGUGGCAUACAGAAAGAAGCAAGUGGAGUUAUGCGGUUAAUGGGUUACUGAGCCAUGGGCUGUAAUGACCUCAGUGUCAUCCCUGCUAAUUCUGGAAAAAGUUAAUUUAUUGAGGAUUCAAGCCACAAAUAAGUUUCAAUUCUGUCAUAGUACAAUGUAAUGUAUGCCCCCACCCAGCACCCAAGAAUGCAAAGCGGGCGUGUGUUUGUUUUAGCCGACUGCACAUAGAAGGAUAUUUCCAAUCUAAAGUAAUGCGAUCGGAUGAUUCAUGGUUGGCAUACGUCACGGGUAAAAUAUGUUAAUGGCACCUAGAUAGAUGCUCCCACAAAGGAAAAAGAUUGGACAGCCGUAUGUUGGGGAUUACAUGAGUGGAGCCAGCUGGAGCCGAGAGCAGACUAGAUGGCCCAGGAGGCCCCUCCUGACUCACUUUGUUUCUGUGUUUCUCAACGAAUCCACUCCAGAAGAUGAGAUCCCAAUCACGCCAGUCCUGGUGUGCAGCCCUUUACUCUUCAACAACAUCAGGUGGGGAAAUUGCAGCCCCAGCCAGUGCCAGUGAAACGGCUUUCUCUACUUUUCCCUCCCAUACACGUAUCUCUGGCAGUCAGGGGCAGGGAUGCUAACCAGUUUCCUUUGAAAGUGGAGCAUAGUAAGCAAAGGCAGGGACAGUGAAAAGCAGACAGGUGCCACUGCAUGCCUCUUCUCCCCCAAAGCAGCUGAAUAGAAACGUUUCGCAAGUGCAUACGUGAGUCCCAGUUUAAUCAGCUUUGCGGCCACCCUGGUAGAGCAAAGACCUGAUAGCUUGCAGGAACUGAAUUAACAAUGCAAGCCAAGCCUGCCUUUCAGUAUAUGGUGUAUUUUGCUCAUGAUGUACAUCACGUGAACCCCCAAAUAUUUGUCAUCUGAGGUCUGCUUACUCACCAGGAAGUACGCCUAGGAAUACUAGACUCUGCAUUCACUUUCUUGGGAGUAAAUCCCUUUGGAGUCACUGAGACUUUAAGUUUGGGUAGACACGGCAUGGGUUUGCCCUGCAAGUCGGCCGUUGUUUUGCUUCCUUGCAUAUUUUGUAGCAAGCACCGAACUUGGUGCAGCUUGCUGCUGAAUAGACUGGCACAGGGUUAUGCCAGGCGGACCACUAGAAUUUCUUGCCUGCAAGGGCAGCCCGGGCAGGGAGUUUAGCAACAGUGGCCCAUUCACAAGGCUGCAGGGCUCUCCUUCGUGCUCUUAUCUGGACAGCCGUGUUCUGAAAAACUGAAGAACGGAGCAAAUACUUCGGGAUGGAUUGAUCCUUAGAGUGUGGAAGGAAAUAGUUUGGGUUAGCACAUUUCUUGAGAUGGUAAGCUGGUGUGUGGGGGAAGGCCAUGAAGAACAAACAGAUGGCAUCUUGGAAUCUUGUUCCUCGCUGUAGUCAGGGCUGUGGAUUCCGUGAGAGUUUCCCAGUGGUGACUUUUGGUUGGCUAGUUGGUUGUGGAUUAAUGGAGUAGAGAAAAGGGCGUUCCUUGCCCUUUCGUGAUCUCUCUUUGCAGAUGUAGUUAAUGGAAAAAUCUUGUUGGCAGAGUUACUUUGCUAGAUUAGAAAACCAGUAAGACUGGGUUUUUGCUUCUAGCGUUAAGUUGGGGGUGCAGGUAUGAAGCAAGACAGAAAGCGGGAGAAUAGCUCCACAUGAUAAAGCUGAUGUGUCUUGAAAUAUUUCCUUCUGUGGGUGCUACAAAAUUUCAUUCUAACACACAGUUUGUAACAACCUAAUUUUCAUUUUGCAUGUAAAGUUCCUAUCAGCAAUAAACCCUAACUAUUAAAAUAGGAAUGCUGGAUGCAACCAUGAAAAUUAACUUUUACAAUGUUGUGUGUUCAUAUGUUUGAGCAUGCUCAAUAUUUGAAUAUUUCCAAAUAUUAAUAUUUUCUAGUGAAAUUGUUCUUGCAGCACUGAGGAGGGAAAUCUGCAAAAUGCACUGGGUUAUUGAAACUUUUCUGCCACUUGAGAAACAUGGUCUUUGUGUUUUGGGGUGCAAUUGAAACCUUUCCCACUCACUGAUACUUUUUCUUGCCCCUUACUUACAAGACACUAAUUAGGAGGAUGAAUUAGGAUACGGUUAAUUGCAUAGCAAUGCCCUAACUCCAUUGCCAAAGCUUAAGUUGGAUAGUCUUUACUAUAAUUUCCAGCUUUACAAAUUUAUCUCCCUUCAUCUGGUUAAAAGCAAGAUCAAAAUUAGACUUGAUGCUGUUUUCUUAAGGAAUUGCUAGACCAGGGGAAUGAAUUUCUCCUUUGCCUAUUUAUUUAAUGUUUUUAAAAAUGCUUUUGCCUAGAAAAAAGAAAAACAACAUAGCAAUUAUGCCCAAUUUGAAAGCAUCCUUGAUGCCACCUUGUUGUGCUGUCUUGUGCGUGUGCAGUGUGGCAUCUGUGCAUGCUAGCAGAAUCCAUUCAUGGGACCAAAGGCCUUCCAUCGUCUGGGAUGAAACAAUUCCAAGGUGGUAAAGCUUAUUUUUGGUGGUGGCCAUAUGGUUGACCAGAAUACCUGAAAUACCACCUUCUCCCAUAUGUACCUACCUGCUCCUUAAGCUCUGUGUCAGAGGCCCCAAAACGUGAGGGGAAUGACUCACUCCUUCUGAAUGAGGGAACAGAAGGAGGGCCUUCUUGGUGGUUGCCCCUCACUUCUGGAAUGGGGUCUUCCAAGAAGUUUGCCUGGUGCCCUCAUUAUUUGCAUUUCAGCACCAGGCAAGGACUGUUCCAUUUCCUAAGUAUUUUAAUAUUGUUUACUUUUUAUAUUUUUCCUUUGGCAUAAUUUUAUGAAUUUUUAUAAUUUUUACAACUGUCAUACCUAUGCUUAUUUUUACAUUUUAUGAAAUCUUCUGAUUUAUUGUUGAUUUUAAUGGAAUGUGCACCACUCAGAGAGUCCUAAAUUGGGCUAUAGGUUGUGGAAUAUAAGUUUAAUUAAUACAUACAUACCCAAAAGACUAAUAUAUUGCUGCAGAAAUGUACUUUCAAUAGGGAGGUGGCUGACUGUUACAGAAUAUCUGAGAGCAGGCAAGAGACAACAUGGGCUUGAGACCUUCUAUAUAGACAGAGUAUAAAUGUUUUUAAUCAAUUAAAUGUCUGUUGGACAAGCUAAUAGUAUGAGCUCAAAAAACAUUUUGGGUAGCAAAUAAAAUAAUAUCCAUAAGCAAAAUCUGGGGAAAACUUCCUAAGAGAAUGUUCCAUAUAGUUUGCACUGGCAUUGUGCAUAUGUGUACUUUGCCCCCUAACUAUUUGAAUGUAUCAUGGAUUCUUGAGUCUCUUAGUCCCAAAUUAUGGGAGGUAUAACCUCAGACUCUCAAAAGAUGCAAACAAGUUUGUGAUCUUUCCAAACCUGCAUUCUGACUGAACAACUGCCUUGGCCCUGUGCAAGAAGAAAAGGGAUAUAAAUGUAAUAGUUACAAUAAGACAACGAUGAUGAUGGCGGCGGCGGUGGCAGGGGCGGUGGCCCACAGGGGCAGGAAAUUAUGCUUUUGACAGCUUAGCCUAAAGUGGGAAGGGCCACUGGCUAUUUAAAUCUCCAGAGGGAAACAGGCCCACAGGGCAGGACCUUGUUCCCUAGACAUUCUCUGUAAAAUGAACUUUUUAGGUUUUUCCAGAAAAUGCAUGUAAUGAGACCAUAUAGUAAUUCCUAUGUCAAAAGUGUGGGUGCGACUAACAGGAUCGCCAUGGUUAACGUUCCCAGACCUAAUACAGGUUGGUUGUCUUAUCAGGGAACUGCACAAUGGUUAGUUAACCUAAUUGGGGCGGUGACAGGGGGCUGGGGGGGGGGAUGCCACCUAUUUUGUUGUCCCCC